CGCCGCCAUAUUGCGUUAGUGCGAUGGUGAGAGCAUUUUGCCGUCACUAAUAUUUAAUUAUUAAAAAUUAUCUUUUACAAUUAAAUAGUGGAGCGUACAAGUGAAAUUUACCUCAAAACGUAUUAAAAGACAUUUUAAUUCAUCUGGCUUUAUUACAUAUUGUCUGUAAACGGUCAGUUCAAAGAAGAAAAUUGUUCUGGGUUUCCACCAUUGAAGUAACCAAGUGGUGAACGAGUAUCAGGAAAGGUUCGAAGAAGCGAACCGAAGGCUGUGCUAGGUACUGUCACAUGGAAUGUAGCUUUAGCUCAAUAUGAAUGGAGAAGUGAAUGGAACCAUGGAAGAGCCUAUGGAGAUAGCUCCUGCUUCACCUGUCAACUCACACUGUAAUAAAAUUACCUCUGAAGACUGUACAUUUGAGAAUAAAUUGGAGGAUAGUGAGAGUACAGAAAUUAAUAAUCAUUUAGAAAAUAAUGAGACCGAACCUGAAGAUAAGGAGGUCUCGGGGCCCAAUGAUGGAGACAACCAUCAUCAGGAUGAAAGUAUGGAACAAUCUUCUGAUUUAGCACCUUCUAAGGAAACUAAUAGCGUUAUUGAAAAUCCUUUGGAAAAUAAUUGUGGCAAUAGCAAUGAAUCAUAUCCGGAGUCCUUAAAUAGUAAUCAGGAUAAGACGAUAUUUGUAGAGCAGAAGAUAAUAAGUUGCGAAGAUGAGAAGAGCAAAGACGGUGAGGCAGAAAACAAUUGCAGUGCAGCGGUGACCGUCAAUGAUGUGGAAUCUGAGGAGGAGAUAGACUCUGAAGAAGAUUCGUCUGAAGAAGGGUCAGAGGUGUCUGCCGUGCCAAGAGCCGAGGACACAGUUAGUAUUAAUUCAGACUCGGAGCCCGAUCGCGGCGACGACACGUCACAAGAGAGUCAGAGAAAUAACAGCAGCGAAAUAAUCAUCUUAGAAAACGACAAUGGACCUGACAACCAGAAUGGCAACUCCCGCGAUUCCGCAGCCGCUGAGGUUCACGAGAUUAUGAGUGAUAAUGAUAAUGACGAUUGUGUCAUGACUAACGAUGAAAAGUCCAGUUCAAGUGUUAGUGAGAAUAGAGUACAGCUGCGGCGCAGCAAUAGAGCGAUUAAAAGGAAAAUUUACAUCGACGAGGAAAUGGAAAACGGGGGUGACGGAUCUGAUAUUGAAGAGGUAGAGUUGGAAGAUCCUUUAACUCGAAAAUCCAAGCCUAUAGUCGUAAACGACACGAAAGCCUUAGUUGCGAUGGCAGCGAAGCAAUCUAAGAUGACCAUUAAUAAUCAGAAAAAGGAACCCACAGUUGUUAUAAUAGACACAAAUUCAAUUAUGUCUGGGAAGAGUUCGACGCCAGCGCCCCCGAAGACGUCCGUAACGUCUAUGACGGCCGAGAAUUUAUAUCAAAGUAUUGUAGCCCGCGGCACGACCGUCACCCCAGUGAGUAGUAAAACGGCGAGCAGCACUAACACUGCUACGUCCCAAAACGCAACCCAGACGGCGCAACCGAACAUACUGCCUUCUUUGACUGACGACAUGUUCGUCGUAGAAGCACCCUCGUUUAUCGUACCUUACGUUUAUGAAAAACCUUCCAUAAAGCCAUUUAGAGAAUUUGUAGACAUAUUAGGUAAAGAAUUAGAAGAACAAAGAGCCAAAGAAGAGCAAGAGAGAUUAGAAAAAGAACAAUUGGAGAAAGAGAAACGGGAGCAGGAGAAAAAAGAGAAACGGGAGCGAGGCGAAGAAGUGGAAGACUCCGAGGACGAACAGCAGAAGGAAAAGGACGCCGCCAAGGAUGACGACGAAGACGAGAAGAAAAAGAAAAAGGCUGAGAAAAAAGAAAGGAGACGUCGUAGAAAUGAAGAAGAAGAUGAUGUCUCGUGGGAUGGUGAAAGUUCCACAGACUCAGAGGAUGAUAUUAAUAGUGACGAGGAAGAUAAAACCGUUGUUAUUAAGGAUAAAGCUGAUUCUAUAGAGGAAAUUAAAGACGUAACAGAACUAAUUGCAGAUAAGGUUACCACUGGCAAAUCGGACAAUUAUUUCGAUUGCUCGCUCGGAAAGUUCUUUAUAAACAUUGGACUGAACUUUGUGCAGGAAUAUGUACAAAAUGAUUUAUUGAAGCAGCAAAACCGGAAACUUUACAGGGAAAAGAAAGCCGGCCACAGCACGAAGGCGACCGAGUCUUCUAUAUCAUCGCUCAUGAAAAAUCUUGAGUUUAGUAAAGAAAAUAAUGCACCUUACCGGUAUCCUCAAAUUAAAUGUGAAUUUUGUAGUUUCAAAACCGAAUCCAUGUUAGUAAUGGCUCAUCACCUGGAAACGCCGCACAUGAAAAAUAACGUUUAUAAAUGUAAUUUCUGUGCAUUUGAAAUUCGAAGUCCUCAUGAUAUUCUAUACCACAUGGAAGCGGAGCAUAACACGCGGGGGAAGUUAGAGCGAGCGCCAGCUUACCACCAGUGCGCCAACUGUCCCUUCGAGGACAACGGGAAGGGCAAGCUCGCCCGGCAUCUCAUCCCGUGUGCUAAGAAAUUCAAGCCGGAGAUAAACCUGGCGCCUCCCGUCGAGUGGGAACCUCCAGCCAAAAUACCAAAGAUAACGAGAGCGCGGAAUAAUAUGUUGGGAUCGUAUCAAAGCGGAUUCGGUCGGGCGCAGCUCGGCAACAACCUGGUCCGCGCGCCGAACGUGGCGAGCGUGAUGGGCGCGGGCGCGGCGUUCCGGGCGCGGGGCCGCGCGCCGCUCGCCACGCCGCCACGCCCCACCAUGCUCGGCUCCACCAUGAUUCGAGGCGUCAUGGUGCGGCAACCUACGCCCGCUGUGAAUAACAACAAGAACGCCUUGCUAGGCAAGUCGAUGCACCAGCCAUCGAUCUCGAUCACGCCGCUGCCGCGGCAGCCGCAGCCGGCGCCCGCGCCCGCGCACACCAAGAGCACGUUCGUCAUCUGCGAGAUAUGCGACGGCUACAUCAAGGACCUCGAGCAGCUCCGCAACCACAUGCAGUGGAUACACAAAGUCAAAAUACACCCCAAAAUGAUAUACAAUAGGCCGCCGCUCAACUGCCAAAAGUGUCAAUUCAGAUUUUUCACUGAUCAAGGGCUAGAACGGCAUCUGCUGGGGUCGCACGGCCUCGUGACGAGCUCCAUGCAGGAGGCGGCCAACAAGGGCAAGGACGCCGGCCGGUGUCCUGUCUGUGGCAGGGUAUAUCAGUGGAAGUUGCUCAACCAUGUAGCUAGAGACCAUAAUCUGACGCUUAAGCCGGCGCACCUAUCAUACAAGUGCACAGUGUGCACAGCUACCUUUGGAAUGUACAAACAGUUCGAGAACCACGUAUACUCGGCGCACAGCGUGGUGGCCAAGCGCGUGAUGGACAAGAGCAAGGCGGCCGCGCCCGCCGCCAAGCCCAACGACUCGCUGCUCAAGCCGCUCAAGAUCAACGACGAGAUAACCAUCAUACCACAGCCGGUCAAGGCCUCCACCCCCACCCCUGCGAAGGAUAAAUAAUAAGGCUCGGCCGGGGACGCCGCCAGCUUGCCGUCGCCUCUCGCCACCAGGUAGCCACCUCCGCGUCGACUGCCACCACUCGACGCCCAACAGUCGACCAUUAGUAUACAUUCCAAUUACAACCUACGAAUAACUAUCUAGAUUUAAAGUCACUUAAAACUAUAAGAUCACUGAUACAUAAAAGCAAUAAAUUAAGAGCAUAUCUCGAGGUGUAAUUUGACCAUUUUGCUUUUUAGGAGUCGAAGAUCUUUCGACUUGUAGGUAGCAAUGUGUUUUUUGUAUGUAUGUGUACUUGGUACUGAGGAAAUUUGCACUGCCUAGGCUAAUUGAGCCAGUGAUAUGUUGAACGGCUGUUAUACAGUCAGCAGCAGAAGUCGCUAUACACUCCAGGUGCUCAAAGAGAGGUAAACGUUUAAACUGUCAAAAAGUUGUUGACUGUCAUGGUAGUAUUUACUUGUGAGCGCUCAACGUGUCACAAAUAUGUUAACAGUCGCUAUUCAUUAAUUUCUACACUUACAACAAGUCAUUGAUACCUUAGCUGUCAAAAAACCAAUGGUAUCUAAGCGGUCAACGUGUCAAAUAUAUCUGAACAAUAUGGAAAAAUAGACUUUAAAGCAUACAAGUAUGGUCGAAUAUUGAAUAAAAGAUAGCCAUGCUAAUUUCAGGUAAAGCGUUUUGACAAUCAUCGAAAGCAGUACAGUCUUGUCAUCACAUACAUCUAUCUCACGUUUUGCCCUUCAACCAUUUGACAUGAGCCUCUCGGUCAACUUACUGCAAACUAUUUCUUUUAACAGAAUCGUCAAGACGAAUGACACAUAGCAAAAGCUAACUGAAGCCGAAUUUAGAGCCAAUUGUCAAGGCACGUCGUGGUCUCAGUAACAGGCGUUUGCUUUUCAAAGCAGAGACCGCGGGUUCAAAUCUCAGUCGCACGCACCUAGAGAUUACAGCUUUUUUUUUUUUUGGAUUUCAUUUUUAUUAUUAAUUUGUGUCUUCUGGUUUUAUGUUAAUUUCGCAUUAGUUUAUAUAAUUUUUGAAGAUAAUGUCACAUGUAGCGUAUGUACGACUUUCUAUCAGGACGUUGUAGGUUUGAAUGGGCAGUGGGCGUUACUUAGAUUACUCCUGUGCGGAAUGCCAUUUGAUAUUUACUACUCAAAAAUCACGUUUGUUGUAUGGGAGCCCCACUUAAAUCUUUAUUUUAUUCUGUUUUUAGUAUUUCUUGUUACUUAUAAUAGCGUCAACAGAAAUACAUCAUUUGUGAAAAUUUGAACUGUCUAGCUAUCACGGUUCCUGAGAUACAGCCUGGUGACAGACGGACGGACGGACGGAUGUCGAUGGACAGACGGACGAACAGCAGAGUCUUAGUAAUAGGGUCCCGUUUUACCCUUUGGGUACGGAACCCUAAAAAUGACUGGUCUCUUCGAAAACUGACUAAAUUAAAUUAAAGGAUAUGAAAACAAUGCAUUUUAUUAAUUUCAGACAUCAUGUUUCAUAGUAACAUUUAUUGCUUAAGACCUACACAAUCGAUAUCUAAAUAGAAAUAGUCUUAGUUUUAUUUUUCAAAACGUUCGGGGUUCGAUUCCCGAGCUGAGUAAACAUUUUUUUUAAUGUAUGAAUGCAGUUUUUCGUGUUACUAAAAUCGAUAACAUGAUUCCUAAGAAGAGAUCGGUGUAUAUCGUAUAGUAUCAGAUUUUCCCAUACUGGCCGAUCUAAAUGGGCCACCCUGUAUAGUAUAUUUUACUACAAUAAGUGGGCUAAAUAAAUAUAUUAACAUAGGUAUAUAAUAUGAUCAACGGUUUGGAAGAACAGCUGCAUAUGACAGUUAAAAUAAAAAAACCGAUCAUUCUAGUAGAACCUACUUAUUUAUUGUAUAAGUUUGACACUUAACGAUAAAAUACUUCUUUAAGAAAGGAGGUGUCAAUUCGUAGUGCUACAGUAUUUAUUUUAAAGUUAAACAGAUAAAAUGUUGAUGCUUAGUUACCAUUGAAAUAACAACUGCUUAGCAACUGGUGGCACCCUGGCUGCUGACGUACGUGAUUGGCAGUGCGUGUAGGUAUUAAUGACAGCAGCUUGAAUUUGAUUGCUUAGUUACCACUGACUUUUUAACCGUUAUUGUCAUUGUGAUUAAAUAAGGGUGUAUGUGUUAAAGAAAAACUCAGAAGUUAAGGUAUUUGUGACGAACUGGAAGCCUACGUGAAAAUGACAUCUUAGAUGUCCUUAUUUUUGUGACGAUUGAAGUGUAUAUGUUUUCUUGGACACCUUGCCCGCUCAGGUAUAUCUGCUGCUGACUGUACAAUCCAUUUGACAGACAAGAUUUAUUGGCUUAAUGUUAGUUGUGCUGCACUGCCGCAGGCGCGACGCAGUUUUAGUGACUAAACUGCACGUUAGUAAUUGAAGGAUUUAACGUGGCAUUAGUGAACCUUUGACAAAUUGGAAUGUAUACUAAACGCUUAGAGCAUUUUUCAAUAUAGGCUCUAAAUACCUCAGGAUUUUUUAUCGUCGAAAAUAAUAGAUUUGAAAUAUAUCUUUUGUUACAACAUCGUGUUCUAUAGUUUCAAAUGAUGGUUCUGAACACUUGAUUUAUAUAUAUGAUAUAUAUGUAUAUAUAUAUUUGUGAGAGGCUGUGUUAUAUGCCUCGUUUUUGUAUAAUUCAUCAUUAAAGCUAGGUGAACGAUUUAUCUGAUAUUAGAAUCUUAAUGCACCGAAAUAACGAAUUUACGGUUUAGUUGCCGCAGCUGUAAAAGGAUCUCCAUGCCAAGCAAAGAAUAGUAUAAAUUAAAGGUGUCUUGCGGGUCAACAGCUUCGUAUUGUGACAUAGCUCAUACUCUGCAGGCCACGUAUCGUCGCAACUUACAGAAACGUCCCCUGAAGGCUGCGAUAGACUGGUCUUCUAAAGUUGAUGUUAAGGAUGCCGUUACAUCUGAUCGCCAAACAACGAACUGUAACUUGUCGGUUUCAAAUCAAUAGCAUAUUGGAUACGUCGUUUGGUUUACACACGAUACUGCCCUUCGAAACGAAAUAGCUCUAUCUCAAUAACAUAUUAUUUUGAAAAUGGAAUUAUCAGCUAUAGAAACUAAAGUAUAGGGAGCAUGCAUGGACUGUAAGGGACCCUCUGUUUAUUUACGCAAAGUUUAAAUGUCAAGUUUAAGCUUCCAAUGUAGCCCACGAGAUGGCAGAACCUACAGCACAAGAAAUGUAGAGGGCAGCAUUUGCGUGAAGUGUUAAUGUUCAGUUUAUGUUUUUGAUUCCAGCCACAAGAUGUCAGAAACGGGCACGGCCCCUAUAAGUUAUCGAUAAAUCUUUUGAAAUAGUGUUAUCUAGAUAGAAGCUAGCUAGCUAGCUAGCUUAGUAGGGCAGAAUGAUUAUUACUUUUUUCUAAUUUUAAUAGAAGCUUUAUAAGACCAGUCCGCAGUUUGAUUGUCGGUAUCUAUAGGUACAUAUUAAGUAAAAAAUACUAUAAGUGUCUCGUUUUAAUGAGAUCUCUUUUGUCUAGUUUUAUAUGCAGUGUUACUGAUUUAUAACGAUAUUAUAAUUGAAGGAUCUUUACGGGAGAAAAUAGGCACAGAACGACUUUAUAGACGAAAUAAAUAACACUUGAUUCUGGCUCCCCAAAUACACCUUUAUAAACAAUGGAUAAUGGUACUUUUAUCUAAAGACUAGAAAAACCCAGUAUUGUUAGAUUCACCGUGAAAAUUAUGACCUCGACCUUUAACUUCUAUUUAUAAUGUUAAGCCAACAAAUUUACUACGACCAAACCGUUUUCGUACAUGAUUUCAUAUAAUACAUUGAGACAUGACCUGAGUUCGACUUAAUAGUCCAAUAAACUUAUUGGAACUCAUGUACGAAAUGUCGUUUGUACGAAAACUGCACUAAUCCGAAUAAAGCCCAGGGACCCGAUAAAGUCCCUGAGGCGACCGCGAAAGUGCUAAGACAUGAAAUAUGUACUUCUGAUUAAUUUAUCAGCGUGAGAUUAGUCGAAACAAGGGUCAAAUAGCAUGGUUUUGUAUUACGCCCUGAAGUCACUGCAUAAAUCACAAAUACAAUUAAAAGCAUUGCGUAUGCUAAACGAUAAAGCUUGUCUGGCUACAGCAGCUCGAUUUAUAUCUUUGCCAAAAUGCCUUAAGAUAUCAAUAUCAUCUAUCGAUUGAAACAUUAAUUGUGUUAAAACGAGCAAGAUAUUACGUCUCUGUUACUUUCCUUGCUUUGACUGGUCGCAAAAUGUCACGAGCAAUUUUUACAAGCUCUAACGUAGUUACACGUUCCAAGUAAAGGACAUGAACUUGAUAAUUCGAAUAAAUUUAAAACUAUUAAAUGUAAGCCUUGGGAGGAAUUCCGAACACAGAAAAUUCAACAUCUUUCGCUUUUUAGUUAAAUUUUAGUUAAACAAAAUCAAACCAAAUCAAAUUCAAAUGAAUGUUAUUAAAUAUUAAUCAUCCAAAAUCAUCAUUUAAAAGUAAAUUCUACCAGCAAACAUAAGAAAACAACUCAAAAUUUGCAUUUGAUUACUUUGUCUCACAUGUGAAUUAAUACAUAGCAAAGUGCAACUUUGCUAUCCGUUUUUGAAGUCCAAAGUAAGCCUUUCCGAGCUGGUAUGGUGAAAAUUAAAUUUCGAUUGGCGUUUCUAUAAGCGAUGUCAUCUGGCUAGGCCCACCGACAUGUUAAAGAUUGUAAUAGUUUUGCAAAUACGUAGCAAAAAGUUAUGCAUCUUCUCUAACAACACUUCUUCAGCUUCUCGUGCGUGUUUGUAUUUGUACAAUUUGGGUUGAACGGAGAAUCAAUGGCCAAAAUGGAACCCAGUGAUCGAAGUUGUAUACUUAUUCUAACAUGCGAUUACAACUUACUAAUAAAGGUGCACUUCUAGAAGAUACGAACCAAAUAACUGUUUCAAAUAAAAAUAUUUACGUUAAAUAAAGGAUUAAGUAGCAUAAUUAAACCAUUUUCUUGAUAUGGAUGGUAUUUAAUACUUUGGCUAUACCAGAGUAUGCGUCUGUUUUGUUUUCUACCCAAGUUCACACAUUAUUAACUAAAACGGGUUUAAUCGCGUAGUUACGCGAAUAAGCCACCACCACGACGCACGUUUGACGAAAGUAGAAAUGGAAAAUUCCUCUCUAUCUUAUUUCUACAUUCGUUGCUUAUCAUGAACAGUGGUACAACUAAAAAUGAAAUGCUAUUGCAUUUAAUAUUCUAUCUUUUACUGGUAAGAUUUAAAGUCGAAUGGCAUUUCAUUUUGUUUUGUGUUACUAUUCAUGAUAAGCGUCGAUAUAUGUGGCUUUACCGAGAGAGUAGAUGAUAUUCAAAUGACAAUGUUCCCGGUAGCCCCCUUUCUAGUAGUCUUUUAGAGACCACGGACACAAUGUGGCAGAAAAGUGGGAUGCUACUUGUACACUUAUUUACGCGAACAAAUCCCGUUUUAGUUACUUCCUAUAUUUAUGUUUACAGAUCUGUAAAAUGUAUACGAACGACAUACUUAUAAGUUCAUAUUGUCUCUAGAAUAUGACAACAGACUCCAUUUAAUCUGUCUACUUAACAAGACUGGAACCACGCUACGUUACCCUACACACGACUACUUAAGUUUACGCCAAGUGCCUUCUAUAUCUUAAAUCAUUCUAUUAAAUAGCACCUUUGGAAGACAAUCACAUUUUGAGGAGGGGAGGAGGGAAAGUAUUAUAUUUCUGGUGCCCGUUCACUUCGCAGUUUUUGAACUGUUCUGCAUCGCCCAUUGUAAUUUAUUAAGGGCAGAGAUGCCAUACGAGUAUUCGGCUAAAUACCGCAAAGUGAAUAUGCCCUACAAGGUGGGAUAGUAUGUAUAUGAGGAAAUCUGAAUUCUGCUUGACGUAUUUUAAGCUCUCAUUUAUACAAGUUUCCCAAGUUUGGGGUGCCGGUUUCAAGGUAAUCAAACAGUAAUGCUAUAAUCAGUAAGUGGUGCUGGUGAUGUUUCCUGGUUGUAGGUACUACUCGUAUUACAGAUGUAGUGCAUAAUUGUUUUGCAUCGUAUUUUCUUGGAAACGUUUGUAUUUGUCAUGCUACUUCAGUCACCCUCCGUACUUUUUGUACUGAUGCUGUACGAUACCCUAAAAUUACGAUGGAAAACAAUUAUGCACUACGUUCGUAACAAAAUUGUACAACAAUAUUUCAACAUAUGUAUAGUACCAGUCGAUGAUUUUUAAUAAUAAUUAUUUAUUAUUCUAGUUAGAGGGUUAAAAAAAUGUUCUAUUGUCACGUCUUGGUGAAUCUUCGUCUUGGUGAAUCUUGAAUAAGAUUUAACUCUUCACAAAUGAUGACUACAGGAUUGUUUUCAUUAUAUUAUAAAAAAAUGUUAAAUUUAGUUGUCCGAAUUAAAAACUUAUUGAUUUGUGUCUAUGAUAUGGCGACAAGACUUGGUUGAAAACGUGAAGCCUGGUCCAUAAAAGUUUUAGUAUGCACCAUGAACGCACUUUUUUACUUGACCUUAAUAUCCAACUGCUGCAGAAAUCUGACAUACCUAUUUAUUUAGUGACACCAUAACUCGGAUACCGGGAAUAUCAUAGAGAAUAUUACGCAAAACUCUUGUGUAGUGGGCGCCACGAGCACAAACGAUAAACAAGCCUUCUGUUGCAUCAAGGUCUCAUUUCGUACAACUAAUCUGUGAAAACUUGUCAAAAAUCUGUUUGUAGGUAUAUACAAGCUACUCUUACGGUUUACAGUUGGUGCUAUAGCGUUUUUCAAACUCGAUGGGUAGGAUGACAGGUUUCAUCUCCAAAUAAUUAUAACUUAAAAACGCCAAUCUCGUAAAAUUGUAUUGAAAUGACAGAUGUCAACCUACCCAUCGAGUUUGAAAAAUAUUAUAGUGCGGCAGUUUGGCGGCAGAACAAUAAAAUUGCACUUAAUAUUUCCUAUUGAGACACCAAAAAAUUGCAGAACUAAAUUUUAUUGGGAAAGCAAAGUUCUGCUGCCAGAGUGCAGCACUAGCACAAACCGUAAACAGUUUUUUGACUAAUCGUUCAAUAGGUAAAUUAAUAAAACUAUUGUAGUUUAAUACGUUUUCACAGAUUAUUUGAUAGGUACGAAUAAAUAUCACAUGCACAUGAUGCAUCAUGGUGGUUUGUUUACUGUUUGUGCUAGUGGCGCAGAGUUUUUCGUAAUAUUCCUUAUAAAACGUAAGUACACUAUUGUCUCAAACUCCCAUGCCUCGCAAUCAUUUAAUCUUGUAUUUUUAAUAAAUACUAAUAUUUUACCAAAUUGGGUACCAGUCUGUCACAUAAUAUUAAUAAGUAAGAAAAAUUUCAUUCGCAUCUUUUAUAAAAAUAUAAGAGAAUAAGAGUUUUUAUCGCUGAUUGUAGAUUAAUUUACUCCGCAUAUUAUGUAUCUGAAUUCUCUUAGAGGAAAAUUAGUACAAUGGGUAAACAUUUAUAAAUUGGUCAUCUCGAUUAAAGAACACGUAACGCAUUUGUAUUUGCGUGCUUAUAUUAUAUAGUUAACUAACCCUUAAUAAGACAGACAGAAUUCAGAAAUUACUCAAAAUUGAACUCCAUCAUUUUUGAAUAAAGCCUAAUGGUAACAUUCCAUUUCUAACCGCAGCUGCACUCCCUCCCGGUACUGAACGCGUCGCUGUCAUUGUCAAUUGCCAUACUAAAAUGAACAGUAAUGCAGCUGUCGUUGGAAAUGGACUGUCACCUUUAAUCAUGAUGGUAAACAUGGAUGCCCCCUGUGCUAUUAAGGAACUACAUUGUAAUUUAUAUACAAAAUAUACCAGAGUAAUACGUUUGAAGGGAAGGGAAUCUUCUCAUUUCGUUCCCAUUAUUUUUGACAUCCGUAUACGAAUACGUAAUUUACCUUUGGCAUUGCGGCUACCAGUCAGAAAGACCUUAAGUGAUUCCUCAGUGGCUUCGUUCUGAAAGUAUUUGAUUGCAACACCCAACCAUGUACGAUUUAAAUAAAUAUUGUAUAGUUUAUUAUCUUUAGAUGUGUCUCGGAAAAGGUGAAGACCAUUGAUUGAGUGAUUGUAUUCAUGAUUACGCAUUCCUAAUUAUUUAACAUUACUCUGUGUAGUAUCGGAGGUGCGUGGUAAAAUAUUUAUUAUUUAUAAUAAGAUUUUUUAAAUUAAUGACUAGUUCGAACGAAAUUUUAAAAAAUAAUUUAAUAAUUAAUGUCCUAUUGUGUUUUUUAAUUUUUAUGUGCGUUGCAUGUUUGAUGAUUGCGAUUCGUAGAGACCCUAAUUAAUUUAGGCAAAAGUAAUUAUAGUAAACGGCAGGAAAGAUUCAGAUUUGUAACACUUUUGUUAUCUGUAAAUAUUAGGUAUCAUUUAAAUAUUUGUAAUAAAGAUACCUUACCAUAA